AUGGCCGGACAACCAUGUAUCUUCCGCCAAGUCGACAAAAAACGAACCCCGAUUCCUCAGGAGCAUGCGAGGGCCAUGGAGGACCGAAUCGCUUGGCUGGAAUCCACGCUCAAAGCCCUGAAGGUUGCUCCGCCCGAGAUGAAGGAAAUCAUGCUUCAGAGUCUCACUUUCGAAGACCAUUUGUCGCUUCCUAGAAUUGAUGCGCUCCAGGAUCCUAUCGGGGGAUCCGAAUGGCGUAGCGGUAGAGCUUUCCUGCAACCAACCACUCAGGGUGCGCAGAAAUUCCAAUCGUCCUUGAUCAGUCUUUGUUCUCGCUCCGAAGCGGCUCUUUCACUGACGACACAAAUUGACCGGACGGCAGGAUCACUAGUAUUUCACGGCCCGACAAGCAUGUACCAAGGAGCUCUGUCGAGUGAACAGUCAGAAACGGGGCAGAGAGCAUCACCGAUGCCACGUGCCUUCGAGUUGAACCAUCCUUUCGACUUGAACGAAGGGGUGGUCAGGGAAACACUCUCGCUAUUCUUCCGUUGGCAAUAUCCACACUUCAUGUUCAUCUAUCGCGAAGCCUUUCUCAGAGAGCAUCUUCAACACGUGCCAGACGAGAGAUACUGGUCUCUACCGCUGCUAUAUGCCGUGUGUGCUUUGGGCGCAACCAUGUCCCCUGACAAGGACGUCAAAGCUCAAAGCAAUGUUUUGUACAUGCAUGCAGAAGAUAUCUUGAUGAACCACAGGCUUGAUAGGCCUCAUAUCACAACCAUCCAGGCCUUCUUAUGUCUCUCCUUUCACAACAUCGGGCGAGGAAACCACUCAAAGGGGUGGCUCUAUUCAGGAUUGGCAUUUCGCAUGGGCCAAGAUAUAGGAUUCCAAUAUGACCCCAAAUAUUGGAUUUCCUCAGAUCUCUCGAUUGCUUCGGAUGAAGAUAUUGAGAUUAGAAGACGAAUCUUUUGGGGUUGCUUUAUGUCAGACAAGAUCAUAAGCUUGUUCCUCGGCCGACCAACCUUCCUCCAUGAGGGCGAUGCCGACGUUGAGCCUACUGAGCCGCUAUCAGAUCCUCCCGAGUUGUAUGUGUGGCUGGUGCAUCAUAACAUGAUCAAUUCCGACACUGAGCCAAGGUCUUCACCGAAAUUCGUGGCGACAUUCAAGAAUUUGGUACAGCUCAGUAAGAUUGUACAAUAUAUGCUCUCGCGAAUCUUCUCUCUUGCGAAGCUGAGAGUCGAACCCGACGACUUUGCACGACUGGCGACUCUGGACGAGCUCAACUUGACAUUGUGCCACUGGUCCGCUUCGUUGCCAGACGAGCUACGGUGGAAUAGGUGGAAGCCAGCGAAUACCAUCCUUGAACCGCAUGUCGGCACGCUGCACAUCCUAUUUCACAGUGUCCGCAUCUGCAUGAAUCGAAACUUCAUCAAACUCACCAGGGACGGCCCGUGGGAGGAUAGUCCGUGGGCGAUCUGCACGUCGUCCUCAGAGAACAUUGUUGCACUGCUGCGACAUUACCGGAAAGACCACAGUCUCCGCUAUUCUCCCCUUCUCUUUGUCUACGGGGCCGUGGUAUCUGCGAGCUUCCUGCUACUUGUCAGAGACGCUGUGCCCCAUGGGCAAUCCGAGCCUCAGCGCUCUGCCCUGUCAUUUCUCCUGUUGGCUCUCAGCGAACAGUCUGUAACUUGGGAGCUUGCUGGUGAAGCCGAGAGGAAGCUUCGCAGUAGCUUGAAUCAACACCGCAAAUCCCACAACGCGGCGCCACGAUCGGCAAGUCAACGCGAAGCAAGAACACCUUGCUCGGACGCAGAGCCUACACCGGUUCAAACGCAGUACGGUGACUUGACAGACAGCGACGCCCGGACUUGGUCCGAAUUGAGCGGUGGCAACGGCCAGACAUUUUCUACUGCGGAGGAUGAGAUGAUUAGAAUCUUUGGGGAACCACUCAACACUGCUCUGCGCUGA